AAGUCAUGGGGAAGGGGAUGGAGUUCAGAUUCUUCAGUUAACUGUCACCUUGUCUCCUCCCGCCUCACCACACACACCAGCUAGGACAGGGAAGCUCCUUGAAGCUCCGUCAGAGACCCAAGGCCAUCUGUUGACAGACAUUGCUGUGCCCUUGACCCCAUGGACCCGCUGAGGCAGUCCCCCUCCCCCUGCUCGUCAAGACCCUCCAGCCCCAAGACCCCACCCUGCGAGAUGCUUGGUUAUGUGGGCAUUGAGGCCGUGCUGGACCAACUGAAGAUCAAGGCCAUGAAGAUGGGGUUUGAGUUCAACAUCAUGGUGGUGGGGCAGAGCGGGCUGGGCAAGUCCACAAUGUUGAACACCCUUUUCAAGUCCAAGGUGUGGAAGUGCACCCUGCCGGGCCUGGCGAUGCCCACACCCCAGACGCUGCAGCUGAAGUCAGUGACCCACGUCAUCGAGGAGAAGGGUGUGAAGCUCAAGCUGACAGUGACUGACACGCCUGGCUUUGGAGACCAGAUCAACAAUGACAAAUGCUGGGACCCCAUCCUAGGCUACAUCAAUGAACAGUACGAGCGGUACCUGCAGGAGGAGAUCCUCAUCACCCGCCAGCGCCACAUCCCCGACACGCGGGUGCACUGCUGUGUGUACUUCGUGCCGCCUACUGGGCACUGCCUGCGGCCCCUGGACAUUGAGUUCCUACAGCGGCUGUGCCGGACCGUGAACGUGGUGCCUGUGAUUGCCCGGGCCGACAGCCUGACCCUUGAGGAGCGAGAGGCCUUCAAGCGCAGGAUCCAGCACGACCUGAGGACUCACUGCAUCGAGGUGUACCCACAGAAAUGCUUUGACGAGGAUAUCAAUGACAGGAUCCUCAACAGCAAGAUUCGGGACCGGAUCCCCUUUGCUGUGGUUGGGGCCGACCGACAGCACCUGGUGAACGGGAGGUGUGUCCUGGGCCGGAAGACCAAGUGGGGCAUCAUUGAAGGGCCCAGAGUGGGCAAGCCCACAACCAGGAAGCAGACAGACCUGGAAAUCAAGUCCCUCCUUGCAGCGGGGAGGACUCAGGGCAAGGCAGGUGGACAGAGCCAGCGGUCUGGGUCAUGUCUUGCAGUGGAGAACAUGGCGCACUGUGAGUUUCCUCUGCUGAGAGACCUGCUCAUCCGCUCCCACCUCCAAGACCUGAAGGACAUCACCCACAACGUCCACUACGAGAACUAUCGAGUUUGCAGACUCAACGAGAGCCACGUGCUGCCUCAUGGGCCCUGCUGGGUGAACCUGGCCCCGACCCCACCAGGGCCCUCUGUCGCCCCCGGGCCCUCCAAGGUGUGCAGGCAGGCACACGAGGACUCUGAUGACACCGAAGAUGACUACUGAGCACGGGGGCGGGGGCGGGGCACCCGCAGUCCCCAACACGGGACUGUGUACGAGAGGGCGUAUUAAAGGCGGACGUUGCUUUUAAUGAAAAGCUGUGCUUUGAAAACAAAAGGCGUUUUGUAAAUGAGUUCUUUGAGCUAUCCUCAAAAUAAAAGUACGGUUCUUUUAAAAAUAA